CCCCUUGACCGCUCGCUCAAACCUGCAUAAUCGGCAAGGCUCUCUCGAUCGCGAGCCGCCGGGUUCCCGCGCGUUCACGCUCCUUGUCGCUUUAUCAUUAUAUCUUUAUUUUUCCUUGUUGCUUUUUCGGCACCCGCCUGCUACGACGGACGGUUCCUUUGGAUACCAGCCAGGGCCGUGGUGGAACCUGCACACACAUACCUAUCCAGUCCCCCAUCAUGUUCAAGUCGGCGGCCAUCCUCGUGGCGCUGGCCGCUGCUGCCGCCGAAGUGGCAGCCAGAAACUGCAGAAACAUCAACGUGCCCAUUAGCAUUAGCGCCCGCAAUGGCGACUUCGACGUCAAGCCGCCGGCGACCGAGAUCGAGGUGACAAACGUCUUCCUCCGCCUCGCCAGGCAAAACUUUAACUACACAAAGACCGUUCUCAAGGGUUACAAGACGGUCCAAGGCGACUACACGCUCGCCACAACCUACUGCGAACCAAGUGGCGGACCCAGCGACAGCCUCCAGAUCUUGACGCACGGCGUCGGCUUCGACCGCAGCUACUGGGACUUUCCUUACCACAACCACAACUACAGCUACGUCAACAAGGCUCUUGAUGCAAAGUACUCGACCCUGUCCUGGGACCGCCUGGGCAUCGGCGCCUCCUCCCACGGCGAUCCGGUCAACGACAUCCAAAUCUUCCUCGAGGUUGCCGCGCUCAAGGCCCUCACGGACAUUGUCAAGGGCGGCAAGCUCCCCGGCGUCUCCCAGCAGCACAAGAAGGUGGUCCACGUUGGCCACUCCUUCGGCUCGGCCAUGACGUUUGCCCUCGUCGACCGGUAUCCCGACAUCACCAACGGCAUCGUCCUUACGGGCUUCAGCCAGGUCCCGAGCUUCAUGGGCAAUUUCGCGCUGGGGAGCAACUUUGCGCCGGUCAAGGAGAACCACCACCUCAAGGACAAGUACGCGGUCGGCUACGUCGCGCCCAAGUCUGACAUUGGCGUCCACAUCGACUUCUUCGGCCCCGACGACUUCGAUCCCGACUUGCUGUGCGUGGCUGCUCAAAAGGGCCAGCCUGCGGCUGUGGGCGAGCUGCUCACCGUCGGCUCGACGGGCAUGACGAACAAGUUUACCGGCUCGGUCCUCAUAAUCACUGGAGACCGCGACGUGCCAUUCUGCGGUGGCGACUGCACCAACACCAAGCCCCUCGCGGCCAUGAACAUCACCGAGCCUUAUCCCAACUUACUCGCCAUGUCCAAGCGCAGCUUCAGCAAGGCCAAGGCGUUCAACGCCACCGUUGUGCCCGAGGCCGGCCAUGGUCUCAACCUGGGCUACAGCUCGGCAUUCACGUACAAGGCCAUUCACGACUUUCUCAAGGCCGAGGUGUGAUUUGCAACCGUUACAUCCGGGCUUGAGGCGGCGACCAUUGUGACCGUUGUGUCUCGGCCUUUUUUUUUUUUUUUUUUUUUUUUCCACUGCCGCCUCGGUCAAUUUGCGCACUUCUUUGCAUCAAUGGCGAGAUGCCGUUCGUUGAUUGAGCAGCGACAGACAGACAGACAGACUGGGCGGGCCGCCCACCAGCGAGAAGCGCAGAGAUUUGCGCCCGUCAUCUUGUACAUAGCUUUUCCCAUCUCGUAAAACAGAGAGACCUGUAUUGCUUUUUUCCCUGGUUCGUUGACCCGGCGAUGUUGCGAGAUGUGACCGACAAGGCACCACCAGAAUUAAAAAAAAAAGUCAAGAAAAUCCAGGGGGGUCAGCGCUUUCGUAACAAGUCUUAUUGAUGUCGUCUCAAAUUUUCUUUUUUGUCGUUUCUGUUUCGCUUCGGCGCACGCUGCGG